UGGCAGGCUAGCUAGCGGCGGUAUUUCCUGAACAGACUGCGGAGCUUCCUCUCUUUUGCUUGUUCUACUUUACUUUAUCCAUUGCGCCUCUUCUUAAGGUUGGAUGAGAGCUUCGAUAGUUGCAUCAAAAUGGUGAAUGUUCUGAAGCGCAUGCGCGGUCUUCAACCUAAACUGUUCAAAGUCCGGCAUGGCGAAGGCGCAGCCAUUCUGCCUCCUCCACCUUCCCCCCAAUUGACGCGGCUGAGCCUACAAUAUGAUCGAAAGCAAUGGAACAAAAGCACGAGACCCGCGAGGAUAUUUCACAAAGACCACCUGCCACGGCUGAAAUACCACAACCCAGGUCUGCCAAUCAGAGUAGAACAGGGGCCCAGCCGGCUCCGAUUGACUUUUGAGAGUGCCGACCAGCAAGCGUUAAGGGUGCUGGAAGGGACCUCGUUAGAAACGAGCAACGACGGCGAAUAUCGAGAAACGUGGACUGCGAUCGAGACGAAAUCCCAAGGUUCCGACGAGACAGCCACCAGUACAUCACCGUCCUCGUCGUCAACCUCUCCCGCGACAUCGAUUUUCAGCAGGAGCGUGGAACUACGUUUAGGGCCGCACCAACCAGGGAGCAUAUGGAAGUGGUUCCAGAACACAACAAAAUGCGAAGAUUUCCCCGAGGACCCCGAAGAAAAUGAACAAAUGGAGAGACUAAAGGAAUUCUUCGCAAAGGCAGAGGAAGACAGGCAGCGCGUCAAAGCCGGCAUGGAUGCGAUCAGGAAACAAAAGGAGGAUUUGAAAAGAGCGAGAGAAGCUGCCGAGAGAAUGGCCAACGAGGCAUAAACGCCCGGCAUGUCACUAUUGGACUUAUGUACAUUACCCAACACACUGUACACCAUUCUGCUGUUCUGGAAGUGGUUUCAGCUACAGCUUUCUCCCAAUUGGUUCCGAAAUCCUACAUGACUCCUGGAUCGCCCUCAAACUCUUCACUGCCGCCGCUCUCUGCAGGUUCAAACUCGUAUGGCGAGUCAGUAUCUCACAGUAACCGGCUCGUUGGUUGGGGAUCAAACAGCCGUGUGAUGGGGUUUCGUGAAAUCGACGUUCUUUGAAACUCGAUUGUUCACAGCCACCGUUCUGUGAGUCAGCCUCCUAAUGCCUCGUCUCUGUCAUUUGCGGGCAUCCGAAGUGUCUACUUUCUCUCGGUCAGCUAUUUAAGAUGGGCAUUUCCUCAAUCCUUGUAUCCCUCCCUCUGCUCUCUUUCUCUAUUGAACAUAUUCUCC